AUGUAUAACAGUAACAGCAGCUCAACUAACGCUAACAACGUGGAUAGUGAUAACAAUAAUCAUAGGGCUAAAAGUUUAGAAGAAAAUAGCCAAGGCGAGGAAAGUAUUGAAAAUAAGCAGCCUUCUACAGAAUAAGCUAUGGGAAAAAGCUCUUAUAAAAAUUUUAUCAUACAUAAGAAUCAUAACAAUCUCUAUAGACAGAAAUUGCCAAUGCAAAAUAACUUUUAUGUAUAAAAGGAAUCUCAUAUGAGCAAUGCUCGUCCCUCUACUGGACCACCUGGAACAAGAAACCCUUAUCAAAUUAAGAAAUCUGGUGGGAUUAAAUAAGAACCUGAUAUAUUCAAGCAAAAUUAUUAAGCCUAUGAUAAAGAAAAGCUAUUUGAAGAGCUUACAAAUGCUAAAUAGAUAAUAAACGAAACCAAAGCAGAAAAUGCUAACUUGAAAACAAAAUGUUUAAAUAUGGAAAAAUAAAUAUAAAAGUAUGAGAAAAUAAUUGAAGAAUUACACCAUAGCGGAAGAUCUAUCAAUUAAAAUUCCCGCUUUAGUGCUGAUAGCUUCCUUUAUGUUAAUCUUAAGAAGCAAGUAAAAGAACUUACCUAAGAAAUUAAGUUUAAAAAUUAAGAAAUAGAAACAAUGAAAAAAAACAUCAAAUAUACAACUUUUUAGGAGUUAGAAAUUGAAAAGAAGCAAUUUGGUGAAGAAACUCUUCGCUUGAGAAAAAUUCUAGAUGACAUGGUAUUAGAGUAGAAACAAAGAGGUAACUAAGAUUAAAAAGUGCAAGAACUUGAAGAAAAGUGCUAUGUUUUGAAAAAUCUUGUAGAAACAAUAAGGAAAGAUAACACUGAAUUAGUCUAAACAAUUAAGCUUCUUGAAUAAAAGAACUAAACAUUAGAUUUAGCUACAUAAAAUUAUAACAAAGAUGCUAAAAAUUACUAAAAAGAUUUAUCUUAGACUAAAAAAAUGCUCAAGGACAAAGAGUAAGAACUUUUUAAGCUCAGAUAAGAACAAUAAAAUAUGAAAAAGUAAAUGUAGUUGUAGCAAUCACAGUAAACAACUUCACCAGCAACUGCAACUCAAUUCACUAGAAAUGCACCAAAACAAAAUUUAGGAAAUAUAGAAAAGCUAGUUUAAGAAAAGAUUAAACUGCAAAGAGAUUUGCAAGAAGCUUAAAGAAAAAUAUAAGAACAGGAUUCUAAAAUUAGAAGAAUGUCAAAGCAAAGAGGUGAUCAAGGUAACUAAAGCAGCAACACAACUAUUUCACCUUCAGGAAAAAAUAUGAAAAAAAGAAUUUCUUUUAAACAAAUAUCAGAGGUUGCUUAUUAAAUUCGUUUUAGACUAUUUAACAGAGGUCUUGCUUAUGAAGAAAUCCACAAAAUAAUUGUUCCUGAAAAUUUGUAAAGCAAAGGAUAAGCCUCCUAUCAAGAUAUUAUCAAUGUCUUAUAAAACGAGCCUUUUAAUGUCAAAGACUAGCAAGAUUUGAAUAACUUGUCUAGAUUCUUGGUUGAGGCUGAUGUGGAAACUGAUGAUAUUUAAUACAAUAAAAAUAAACUUUGCAACACUGAUAUUAUAAAAGAUGCUUUUAUCAGCUUCAUAUAAUAGUAUGAUUUGCAAAAGAUUCAUUAAAACAGAGAAACAUUUGAGAAUGAAAUUUAUGAAAUUCUUAGAAUACAAGGUGAACUAAUUAAAAAAGGAUUGUAAGAUGUUUCUAAAGAUGGCAAGCAUAUUGGAUUUUAGGAUAUCGAUUAAGUUUUCUAAUAAUUAGGCAUAGAAAUAUCUUUUGAAGCUAUGGAUUUGAUCAUUUCUCAUCUUUUCUAAUAGGCCGGAGAAGAUUUAAACAACUUAAAUAUUAAGGAUUUGUUUGAACACUUCUAUAUUAAUAGAUUGUCUAAGGAUAGUAAAGAUAGAACUUCUACAAUUGAAGAAAAAGAACAUGAAGAGAGUUAUGAUUAAGAUUAUGAAGAGUUUGAAAAUAACUUUGAAGACGACGAUCAUGUUGUAGAAAACUCUAAUAAAAAAAAGAAUAAAUCAUCCUAAAAAGAAAAGUCAGAGAAAUCUCCUUAAAAAUAGAAAAAUGUUAAUAAUGAUGAAGCAAGAAAAUAAAUGAAUUCUCAGCAAGGCUCAAGAAAUAAAACACCUCAAUAAAAUGCUGAAUAAGCUGGUGGAUAAACAGCUAUGCAGAAACUGAAAAAGGAGAAGGAAGAAAAUGAUAAGGUUAAAAAGGAGAAGGAAGAUUAAGAUAAACUCAAAAAAGAAAAAGAAGAAUAACUUAAAGCUUAACAGAAAAAGGAGAAGGAAGAUUAAGAUAAGCUCAAAAAAGAAAAAGAAGAAUAACUUAAAGCUUAACAGAAAAAGGAAAAAGAAGGAUAAGAAUUGGCAGCUAAGUAAAAGAAAGAAGAAUAAGAACGUUUAAAUAAGUAAAAAGAAGAGUAAGCUAAGCUAGAAGCUGAAAAGAAGAAAAAGGAGUAAGAAGAAAUAGCUAAAUAAUAAAAGUUGUAAGAAGAGCAAUAAAAGAAAAAGAGAGAAGAGGAGUAACUUAAGAAAAAAUAAGAGGAAGAAAAGGCUAGAAUGGAAGCUGAAAAAAAGUAAAAGGAAUAAGAAGAGGAAGAAGCAAAAAGAAAAAAGGCUGAAGAAGAAUAACUUAAAAAGAAGAAACUUGAGGAAGAGUAAGCAUUAAAAGAAAAGAAGAAAAGAGAAGAAGAGGAAAAGCUUAAAGAGCAGUAAGAAAAAUAGAAAAAAGAGCAUGAGCUUCAGCUUAAAAAAUAAAAAGAGGAAGAAGAAUAAAAGGAAAAAUAAAGAUUAGAAGAAGAAAGAAAAAGAGCAGCUUAGAAGGAAGAGGAAGAAAGGAAGAAAUAGCAAGCUAAGUUAGAAGAGGAAAAGAGGGCUGCAGCUAUUAAGCUAGAGUAAGAAUAAAAGUAGGCUUAAGCUUAAAAAGAAGAAUAUGAAAAUGAAUAUGAUGAUGAUUUUGAUGGUGAAUAAAGCAAAAUUAAACCUGCAGCAGUUAAUUAGAAUGCAGAAUAAAAAGGAAAGAAAAAUUCUCAAGUAGAAGAGGAAUAUGAAUUAGAGUUUGAUGAUAACAAGGUAGAUGAAAAAGCAAACAAUAAGUAAGCUGCUCAUAAAUAAGAGCAACAAGUCAUAGAAUAUGAUUAAGAAUAAAAAUAAGCUGCUGUUAAAAUUUAGUAAUCUUAUAAAAAUAAAUAGUAAUUCUUAGCUGGUAAAGAAGAAGCUAAAAAAAUAUUGGAAGAGUAAAAGAAGAAAAAAGAAGAUUACCUUAAACAAAAAUAAGCUAAUCAACAAAAAGAAUAACAACAAAAUUAAUAAAAAUAGCAAGAAUAAGAUGAAGCUGCUAGAAAAAUUUAAGAAUCAAUGAAAAAGAAGUAAGAGCAGUAAAAGAGUAAGGAAGAAGGUAAAAAGAUCUUAGAAGAGUAAAAGAAAAUUAAAGAACAACAUCUUUAACAGAAAUAAUAAGAAGAGUAAAAAAAGUAAUAAUAGCAGUAAUAAGAUGAAGCUGCAAGAAAAAUUUAAGAAUCAAUGAAAAAGAAGUAAGAAUAAUUAAAGAGUAAGGAAGAGGGUAAAAAAAUAUUAGAAGAGUAAAAAAAGAUAAAAGAUUAACACAUUUAACAGAAGUAAUAAGCAUAGUAACAAUAAUAAAAUAACGAGCCACAACAUGAAGAUAAGGAGUUGAAAGAUUCUCAGCUCAAGAAUAUCAAUUCAAAAGUUUAGCAAAACAAAUUGAAAGAAGAAUAAUAUGAUGAAGAAUUUGAGAUAGAUAGUGAAAUGGAUGAAGAGAAAUUAGAAUAACAAGAAAACGUAAACUUAUCUAAGGAUCUUGUUGAAGAUAAAAUAGACCAUAACGACGUUUCUAAUGCAGACAUAGAUGUUUGA